UAAAACAAAUAUGAAAAAUCAAGGUGUUUAGCAAUUAGCAUGAUGCUAAUGCCCAUCCCAUUAAGCCAACCUUUCUCUGUAGUGGCAAGGGCACUUGCCUCUCCGCCAUCUCACUCCUCACAUCAUCACUGUGAUAGCUUGCACUGACAGGCCUUCAGCUCCCGAAACAUCUGUUCCUCAUCCUGCUCCCAACCAUCCAUAAUACUUGUUCUAAUCCAUGCGAAGGGAUUAUUUCACCCUCAAUUAAAGCAGUUCUCAGAUGCCAGAUGCCACGAUAUGUGGCUUCAAGUCCGUAAGAAGGAAUCCCUUAGCUGUUACAAAACCUCCGGCUGAAGCAAACCUUUCCUCAUAUUCGUUCACUUCCCUGUACCCCCGGCACAAAGGUAUCCUUGCCUUCUCAUGCCAAGCUUCCUUAUAUAUCCUCUCAUAAUACCUGUCAGCCUAUAAGGACAACUGGAGAAGAGCUGUCGUGACCAGACGAAUUACUACCAAACGCCACAAGAAUUUCUCAGAACUCUGCAGUCAUGCCUCCUCAUGUUGAGAGCAGUUCUUCUGACGAUGAUGGACAGACAACAAGGCUAUUUCAUAGACGCAGAUCAGUUCAUAAGCUACUCGGUCGACGGAAAGUUGCGGACAUCCUGCUAUGGAGGAACAAAAACCUAUCAGCAGGGAUCCUCGCAGGGGCAACAUUGGUCUGGUUCCUGUUCGACGUGGUUGAUUACAACGUAGUAACGCUCUUUUGCCACAUUGCACUCCUUGGGAUGCUUCUGCUCUUCGUUUGGUCGAAUGCCGCGCCUCUCUUUGACAGGCGGCCUCCACAGAUCCCAGAGGCCAUUGUUUCUGAAAAAGCAUUCAGAGAAAUUGCACAGGCUACCCAGUACAAACUGGCUCACUUUGUAUCAAUCCUAUAUGACAUUGCAUGCGGGAAGGAUCUCAAGAAGUUUCUCAUGGUGAUUGGGUCUCUGUGGGUACUGGCAGUAGUUGGAGAUACUUGCAGCUUCACCACACUGUUAUAUGUUGGAUUUUUGUGUGCUCUUACUUUACCACCAUUAUAUGAAAGAUAUGAAACAGAAGUGGACCAUCUUGUAGCCAAAGGGGGUGAAGACCUCAAGAAAUUCUACGAGAAGGUUGACUCCAAUGUCCUCAACAAGAUACCAAGAGGCCCUGUCAAGACAAAAGUUCGCUAAGAUGUUCUUAGAAUUUCCCUAAGUCGUCAGGACACGCAAAUACUCCCAUAUAUGUAAAAUAGUAAAACAGUUACUGGAUUUAAAUUCAAAACAAAUUUAUGGUACGAAAUUGUGCAUGUUAGACUACUAUACUGCUGUGAACUACCAUAUACUUUACUUUGACCAAUAAUUUUUUUUAAAAAAA